AUGGCGCAAUCCAGCGCCGUUGACCGCGAGGUUUCUGUCACUCCCGGCAAUGGUGUCGUACGUCCCAGGGCUGCAUCCUCGGCCUAUUCCCUAUUUCAUCAUCAACAAGAGUCCAGCAUUUCCGGCCAGCAGAACAACGUGCCGGGCCACCGCCCCAGGGCAAAGUCGCACUCCAAUCUCGUUGGCCGCAUGGAGCCCGAGUUCGAGUUUCAGAACAGCACGCUGAUUGACGCGGACGGCAACUUCAAGCGGAGCAGCAGUGGGAUCGCUGAGUUGAUUGACUUCCUCAGGAACCAUGCGCCCCCGUCUGACAACUUCAUGUCUAUACCGGAUGAAAGCAACGACAGCAAAGGAAAAUGGGCCAAGAUACGGAAACUCGCCAAGCGGAAGUCCAAGUCCAAGUUGCCUGAUCCGAUCACCCUCCCGGACUCGGCCGUCUCUGGCAUCACCACUGAGGGCCACCGACACAUCGCCAUCUCAAUCCCUCUCGAUGCGUCGCCGUUCGGGCGAAGUCCCCGCACUCAGUAUCCCGUCUACCAGAAUCGGAAUCUCAGACCCCCUCCCGCUCGAUAUGGCCCCACGCGGGCUAUAUUGAACGAGAAGGGUGUCGUAACAGUUCUCCGCACUGUUGCAGAGGAUCAGGAGAUAUCGGCUCCUUCCAGCCCCGCGAUACCUCGAAUUUUCCAGACCCGACCGUCUCCUGUUUCCGAGGUACCUCGUGGUCCGUCUGUAGGCAAUUUCCAUUCAAGUUCUGGGGCCUCCAGCACCAACAACGUCAGUCACGGCAAGGUGUCGGAGUACUUUGGGGUUUCGUCUAGUCCACCAAGGACACAGAGCCAAGACCAAUUCAGACGAGCGAACGAUGCAUCUCGACAACUUCAACAUCAAAAUUACGGGCAGCCAGGAGCAAGUUCAAACACAUCAACUCGAGCAGACGGCCUUCCUAUACGAGGUUCCAGCCUCCCAGCAAGUCGUUUUGUGUUCCCGCCAACUCCAUCAAUCGAUGCCAUGAUGUCUGAGCCAACCACCAUGCCGAACACCUUGCAGGUUACCUCUGCUCAUGCUCGCGACAACUCCAAAGAUGGGUCCUAUCGGGAAUCUUUGUCCAAGAGCAUCUUGACAUCAAGUGACAACGAACCUGUUGUCGCUGAUGCUAAACGGGUCAAGGCAACCUCUUUGCCUCUCGGGGAGUCGCCUGUUCUUGUGUCCAGCAAGAAAGAAGACCAGUCUGUCACAGUGAUAACACGGAGUCCCCUCGCGUCAGAUGGUCACAUCUCGCCAACAGCCUCCAUUCAUUCGACACGAAGUCAAACCCGCCGUGACAAGGUACGUGACAAGAAGCGCAGAGACAUGGAGGCGCUACGUACUACACGAAACCGAGACAGUCUGCAAAGUCAGAUGAGUCAAAUGAGCCUGCACAGCCAACAUAGUCAGCAGAGCCAGCAGGACGACGAGCACGAGAACAAAGAAAAGGUAUCUACCGACCCUACUGAGGAGGUCUCGAUGUCACCGAAAAGAGAAAAGCCUCCGCCGUUGCCACUAAAGUCAGCGAACCGUCCAUCGCUCUGUGCUAUUAUGGUCGUCUCCGAUGUCCAGCCAUCGCCACCCCAGUCAGCAGUACCUCCAACGUCGCCAACUCAGUCAUCGCCGGCUCAGUCAACCAUGCCGCCCAAGACCAAGCCUCAGUUCCGGCCCAAACCCAUACCGAGAGUCCCUUCCAUUUCGGGGAAACCACCCAUUGCUUCUCCGGGGGUCUCUUUCAAUAAUGCCAGCAACCCGACCCCACCUCAGUCCAGCCCUAUCGACCACCCUGCAAAGGAUGGGUCUACCGACCGGACCUCUCUCUCCCGACGCCGUGAGUGGAAUGCCACUCGGGAGCAGGAACGCAAAAAUCGAGACUCGAGGAUUGGAUCUCGCCAACUACCGAGGCCACUUGUCAUGUCGAUGGAGGAUAUUGACGAGCCUAAGAGUGCCGCGACGCCGACACCGACGGACAAGGAUAUGAGCCGUCGCUAUGACGUCUACCGCGAGUACCGCAUCCGAGAGAUGGAACGCCGACUACGUCGCCUCGAGCGCAACGGUGAUGUGUGGCUCCGAGCACUAGUCCCCGUAUUGGAGAACCUCAACCGCACACUCGCCCACCAACAGGGUGAUAGCGAUCGUGCUCAGGGGUGGGUUUCCGAUGAAGACUUGGUGGCAUCUCUCAGCCCUCCGCGAGGAAGGGCUUCUUUCGGAGGCGCCGGGAACCGCAGGAGCCGGAUGAUGCCCCGACCCGGAGUCUCGGAACGGGAAUUCUUAGAACAUCUUGUACGGACAAAGGAGGAACUGGAGGCCGGAAACAACAGCGACGACAUGAGCGGCUUCGACACGAUCGAGCCGCUGAUGCGGGAGCUGGCCGGCAGGUCACGACUAAGCUUCGAGGCAAGGACGAUGGCUUUUGCCGAAGAUGAUGAGCUCAUGUUCCGUGGAUUUUAA